GCUAUGUUUUUAUUUACUGGUACAUUUGAAUAAUCUAAAAUUUGGUUACUUAUAUUCAUAUUUACUACAUCGUUUAAACUGAAAAUGACUAAGAACGUAUUGUUCUUUUUGGUAAUCUAUGUGUUGUGUCAUGUGAUGGAGGCGUACGUUUAUAACACGGAGGGCUUAAACGGAUUUAAUGGACAUGUAAAUCGCAGAUAUUAUGGUCGAAUUAAUCCAUAUUUUAGACCAAUGAUGAAGAGAAGCCAGGAAUUUCCUUUCCAUCAAGAAUCAUUAGAAAAUACAAUACAAAACCACAUGCAUCAUAUGAACAAAGUUAUGGACAGUGUGUUCCAAAGUUUGGACAAAAUAAGACCGCCGCAGUUGCACCAUGCCAUUGGUAAUGGUAAAUAUAAUGGUAUUGGUGCGGUAAAAAUCAUAAUGACUUGCUGUAGAAACGGUUCUUGUGUUACCGUCCACGGCCCCACUUCAUUAGAUUGUAAUAAAUUACUCAAAAAUAACGCACAACAGAGUAUUGAUAAUGAUCCGGAAAAAGAACAAGAUUUAGUUGACGGUCAGGAAAAAGAACAGGAUUUGGUUGACGGUCAGGAAAAAGUAACUGAUACAACACAAUCGCAGGAUAUCAACAAGACGUCUGAUGAUGGUCAACAAGAAUUCGAUUCCAUCCAAACGGCCGAAGCUGUAACCCAAUAAUAACCCAGCACUUAGUAGCCAACCAAGAAAAUGAUAUUAAUUAUUUUUAACCAUUAUUUUAUAAUCUAUAUUUAUGGGGUUUAAAAGUACAUUCAUAAACAAUUUGUGUUUAGUGAUGUAGUCGGGUCUGGUAUAUGUAAAAAAUGUAAUUCAUAUUCACAUUUUUUUGCCAUAGAAAAUAACCACUAAUUUGUAUAGAAAUAAUUAAAAUGUCGUACACAUUUUUAUAAUAAAUAACAACCUUUAUUCAAGCUUUUA